GGGACUGUGCGUGUGUGUGCGUGCGUGCGUGCGUGCGUGUGUGUUCUCCAGACAGCUCUGGUCCAGGUUCCUGUAUGAUCUGCAGCUUUAUAUCGGUUCCAGACACAAACACAGGAGAACUCCCAUCCCUCUCUUCCAGUUUCCCUCAAAGACAAAACUACAGGGAUGACUUUCAGAAUAAAAGCCCAGACUCUUAACUAGGCUGGAUUGGAUUAGCUAAAGCAGAGGAAUAGUUUAACACACCUCGAUGUAAUCCUUCUGUCUUGUGACAUGUUAGAGUAGUUCUGAUCUGAGAGCAGUUCAGACACACGUAAUUGUUUCAGAUGCUACAAAAUCAGCUGUGUUUCAUUGGUGUGUAAAAACCUAUUUGUAGUCUAGUCUCAGACAGAAUCUUGAACUGUUAACCUGCAGUUUCACUGCUGAAAUCACAUGCGUUGAACUAAAAAGUCUGGGGAAACCACAGCUGUGCAACGUCAUGGCAGGUCCCUGAGUGGAGCUCAUAAGCAGCGAGUGAUGAGGAAGCUCACUGGAGUGUCAGUGCGACUGUCAGAAGAGCAAAUGGAGAAGAAGCUGCUGCUUGGUGUCUUUUCACUGAUGGUACAAGUUUCACUUGCGGCGGUGCAGCAUGUGACCGUGAUGCAGGGUGACCCUGUGAGCUUAACCUGCUUUCUAAACAAUCUGCACCACGCUCACGUAGAGUGGAAGAACCCAGAAGGACAUAUUUUGUUCUACAAUGCACGUGAAGGUGAACAUGCAAAAAGGGACAUUCGAAUCAGGAUUACCACCUUAUCACAGUCAGAAUUCUCCAUAAGGAUUACCAGUGUCACCUUUAAGGAUGGAGGCAACUACACCUGCACACAGUAUGAUGACAACGGAGCAUUCGAGCAGAUUGUGGAGGUGACGGUGUUAGGUCAGCCCAGGAUAUCAACAGUAAAACAUGGAAAAGUAAAUGUUGUGAAAUGCAGAGUUGAAGGGAACCACCACCCACCUCAGAUCUCAUGGAUACUCAGUAAUGGACCCGAGUUCAGUGUUCAUUCCACCAUUUACCGAGAUGGUCACACUUUUGUCUCUGAGGGGUCGUUGGGCGUCCAUCAUGUGAGGAACAGAGUCAUGGUCAAAUGUCUCGUCCAUCACCCAGCCCUGUACUCACCACCUCUACUGGCGUUUAUAAAACUCGGACAGAGACAGAAAAGGCCCGGCCCUCCCACCCUCAUCAGAGUGCCCACCGCUCACCCUGGGGGACAGAGGACAGCAGCAGGGGACUUCACAACAACAAUAAUGAAUGUCUUCUCAUCAGAGGAGUCAACCUUGUCCUCCAGUCUAUCCUUUUCCUCCAGCGACCCCAAGUAUGAGACGGUGACCCCUAGUCUCCAUCUGGAGCCUGUUACGUCCAGCGGCUCUCGUCGCAGCACCAGAGAUCUGAUGCCUGUCUCAGAGACAACAGUGGACACCCUCUUUAACAAGACGGUGGAGACAAACCACACAGAGAGCUCUGACUCAAACAUGCAAGUCGGUGCUGAAAGGACGUCCUCCUUAUUGGUCCUCCUGGUGACAACCCUGAUCUUUGGCCUCCUGGUGGUGGUCGUCUUUUUUGCGAUCAAGCUGAGGAGGGCCCACAUGGCCUGGAAGAGAGGUGAGCCGAACCGCCCAGGGUCUAACCUCCACAGUUUGUCAGUGUUUACACACACAUGCGUGCUUUCCAUUCACGUAGAAAAACAUCUUACAGAGUUCAUUGUUACAGAGAAUGAUGAUUCUGAUCCAUCAGAGGAGAGCAGCAAAUCCAAAUCGGUCCCGGAGGAUAAGAACUCCCAGGGGCAGCGGCGAAGAGGACUCUUUAACACGGCCUUCACGCAGUACGUUGUAGAGGAACCCCCCAUAAUGACUUCAGUCGUAAACACAAACGCAGCGACACCAAAGGAUCCGGCUCCGCAGCAAACAGCGUCCAGAAGCCACAUAAAGGAGACGUCUCUCUGAGGGGGGAAGGAAAAGCCUUCAUGGACCCACAUGAUGCAUCAGUCACAGAUCUCUGAUGGUAAUGGACCGUUAAGGGUCAGAGUUUACAUGGAGAACGUGGUUCCUGGAUCUCCUGUGGAGAUAAAGUGAGACUGAGGACACCAAUAAGCUGAACUCAUGAUGAAGAUCACUUGAGUUGCAACAGCAUAAACACUGUAUAGAUGUACAUAUGUUAAGACCUUUGUACCAAUAAAUGCCACUGUUUUUUAAUUGGGUGAAACUUUGA